GCAGGGACUUGGAGUGCCAUUGCUCGCAUUUAUCAUGUUGAAUUCGAGUUUUCGUGGGAACUGUUUUCCAAAAAGGAAAUUUGGAGAGCAAUUAGCAUGCUGACAAAAUGCAUCUACAGAUUUCUUGUGUCAAAGCUUAGCAUUAAUUUGCCUUUGAGGAAAAAAAAUACUUGUAAAAUACCUGGCUACAGCAACUGCUAAUUUGGCAAUUAGCAGUAUUUGGGCAUAAAGCAGCCCAAGAUGAGAUAAAAACAAAUACUCUUUUACAAAAAGAAGAAAUUGGCUUCUUCAAUUCCAAGAGGAAUUUUGGAGGACGUUGGAAAAUGGUUUCUGGGGACAACAACCAGGACACACCAGACACAGCGGAAAGUCGAGCUUCCAGUAUAAAUAAAGCUACAAAAACGCAACGGCUGUAUCCUUCCAUCUGGCCCAAUUUCUUAUGCGUUUUGGUAGUUUCAGAAUUUGCAAAACGGAGUGCAAAAUUUCCAAUCAGAAAAAAAAAAUAUAUGUCCAAACAUCCAAAAAAAAAAUUGGGGAACAGAGAGAGGAAAACCUCCAAUUUUUCUUGAUUUCAGUUAAAUUCAGUUACGUCCUUCCAACUGCAAACUUCUUUACCAAAUCUUAAACCCUUCAAAUCUUUUCAUCCUUUUUGUACGUAAAACUUUCGCUUUUCCCCGCUGUUUUGCCUUUUUUUUUUUUUUUUCAGUUGCCGUUUUGAUUGGGCGGUGGCGGAAAUGAGCGUUGAGGGUGAGGCUGCUCAACGUCAUGAUGCUGUCUUGCCAUAAUAACCUUUCCGUAACCAAUGAGCGGUUCCCACGCCUCCCUAGAAGCCGAUGUCGUCGUUGGCGUCAGAGCCGUACAGGAACCGCCGUGGUUGCGGUUGCCGCGUUGCUUAUCUCCACCACUGCAUGGCUCUCUCUUGUUUUCUCCGGCACGACCACUCGUUGCUGGCGUCGUUUGAAGGACUGGGAAGGUAGUCCCAAUUACCUUUCCCGUUCGCUCCCCUGGUCUUCUUCUCCCAAUCGCCGAUUAAUUCCUCCCCCUCCCUGGUUUGAAUCGCCACCAGCAUCUCCUCGUAACCGCAGCCUCUCGGAGCGUGAAAAUGAGAAACAAGCGCUUUUGCUAAACGACAUCGUAUUUGGAAUAGCAGGAUCCUCGCAUCUAUGGAAACGACGGAAAGAGUUGGUUAGGCUUUGGUGGCGACCGUUGGAAAUGCGAGGUCACGUUUGGUUAGAAGAGAAGGUCGCACCCGAAGAAGACGACGAUUUGCUUCCACCACUCAUGGUCUCCGAAGACAUCUCACGUUUCCGUUACACUAACCCAACGGGCCAUCCUUCCGGUCUCCGAAUCUCCCGCAUUUUAACGGAAUCCUUCCGCCUUCGUCUCCCCAACGUCCGCUGGUUCGUUUUAGGAGACGACGACACGGUUUUCAACGUGGACAAUCUGUUGUCCGUCUUAAACAAAUACGAUCCUUCCGAGAUGAUGUACAUCGGAACGCCCUCAGAAAGUCACUCCGCCAACGCGUAUUUCAGUCACUCCAUGGCAUUUGGCGGUGGCGGCAUUGCCAUUAGUUAUCCUCUUGCGGAUGCUCUCUCCAUCUUCCAUGAUGAGUGCAUCGAGAGGUAUCCGAAGCUUUAUGGAAGCGAUGAUCGUCUACACACCUGCAUUACUGAGCUCGGUGUUCCUCUCACCAGAGAGCAUGGCUUUCAUCAGUGGGAUAUUAGAGGAAAUGCGCACGGUCUUUUAUCUUCUCAUCCAAUUGCACCAUUCGUUUCAAUCCACCAUGUUGAAUAUGUGGAUCCAUUUUAUCCUGGGUUAAGUUCGUUAGACAGUUUAAAACUUUUUACAAAAGCUAUGAGAACUGAACCUAUGAGUUUCCUACAACGAUCAAUCUGUUAUGAUCAUGUUCGGCAUCUCACUUUUUCAGUAUCACUGGGUUAUGUUGUUCAAGUGUUCCCAAAUAUUGUGCCACCUCGUGAGCUAGAACGUUCAGAGCAUACCUACAUUGCCUGGAAUAAAUUACGAUACCCCAAUGAAUUUGAUCUCGACAUCAGGGAUUCUUACAAAUCUGUUUGCAAAAAGCCGGUUAUGUUUUUCCUAAAAGAUGUAAAGAAAGAUGGUAAUGCUACAUUGGGGUCAUAUGCACGGGCCAAAGCCAAAGAUGAUCUAAAAAGAAAGGUUUUCUGCUUUCCACAUUCCCCUCCGUUGCAAUAUGUGCAGAAUGUCCAGGUUUUAGGGUAUCCUCUUGGAAAGAAUUGGCAUCUGGUGCCUCGUCGAUUAUGUUGCAAGGUAAACAAUACCGGUGAUGAACUCCUUAGAUUAACAGUUGGGCAGUGUGAGAAGGGAGCUGUCAGUUCUUUUACAGAUUCUCUGUGAAUGAUCAACAGAUACUAUUGAGUAUAUAUAGAGGCUUCAAGACGGACCUCAAACUAUUUUGUGUUUUAUGCUUUGUGGCUGCCUGGAAGUUUUGGGGUGUGCCUUGAGAUUGACAUUGGACAUUUUUCUCAUAACCUUACUUCCCUAUACCAGAUAUUGGAUUGUUUUGUGGUACACAGUUGAUAGAGUAGAAGAUCAGGUUGCAACUUCAGUUCAGUCUUUCAAUUCUUUGCCAUCAUUUUUGUUCAAAGGUAAUUCGUAAUAUACUGAUAGCUAACAUUUUGAACUUGCUGAUGCAGUGGAGUUGGUUGUUAUUUGUGGAUAUGAAAUUAAAUUAGUUAAUUUUAUUUUUGGAGCACCUCAUGAUUCUGGGUAUUGUGCUUGCCUGAAUUAAUUUUCAUAGUUUCUGCUUGAGUGUGCUCCAAUUGAAGGAGAUGUUUAGUCUUGAAUAAAACUAAUCUCAUCAUCUAGAUGAUUGGCUAUGUAAACAAUUUUACAGUUGCUCAAUGACUAGUUCAGAGAAGGCAGGGAAUAUAAUAGGUCACUAAAGGGGAAGAAUCUUAUAUCAAAACAGAUUGAACAAAAUACAUCAGUAAACUAGUUUUGAUGUCCUCGUCUAUUUUAAAUUUUAACACUUAUGGAUCUCUAGAUGGAUCUCUGCAAAAGGCAUUGUCUGUUUGUAGUUAUCUACUCAACUCUGCUUAAUUAAAAUCCUAGUGUACCAUUUAAUGCAAGCUGUAUUGAACUGAACUUCUGUUUAAGUAGAGCCUAUGAGCUUUUUGUCUCUCUUCCAAACCAAGUAUAGCAUAUUGCUUAGCUAGACUAUAUAGUUCCCUUUUAUUUUCUUCUCCUUUCCAAAUAUGAGACCUGCCUCAUAAGUAUUUGGACUGUGAAAUCCUAUCGAUUAUAUAAUGUUAUUUUCUUCUUUAUCAGAAAGGAAUAAGUAGAGUUACAUGUUAUAACAGGAGGACAAAAAAGUGUUUUGAAAUAGCAGAGUUACAUGUUAUAUUAUAGGAAGUCAAUUAGGAUUCAAGGCAUUAUAUGUCCUCAUCAUAGCUCAAGAUGAGCUUUUUAGUUGAUCAUGAUUGAUUCCAUAUGACUGAAUUAACGCUUAUUUGCUUGAGUUACAUGUUAUAUCAUAGUAGCAUAAUCCUUAGUCAGGUGGUUGCUGUUUUUUCAUUUUUCUUUUUUGAAUAAAUGGAUCAUUAUUACUAACAGUCAUCUAAAGUUUUUAAACUUCGAUCAACUCUAGAAAUCACUCUGCACCUUAUUCUAAUAGCCCUGUGGAUGCUUUGUCCCAAUCUGUUGGGGGUUACAGUAUAAUUCAUUUCUUUAAAAGUAUGCUUAAUAAAAGAACUAUAGUCAAGACUAACUUCUGCUAAGUUUAAAAUAGCUGCGGUGACUUGAGUGAAUGUGGUUGUACUAAUUAAAUUAAAUUGUUCUUGUUUUAUCUUCUCUGAUGUAAAUCCUGUCUUUGACCCUGUGUAGGAAAGAAAACAUACUUCUUUGAGCAUCUUAAAUAUGUUAGGACAUCCAUUACUUCCAUUGAUCUAUUUGUUCGCCUUUUCUUGUAGUGCCACUAACUUUUCCCUUAAGGACCUUCCACUUGAUUCAUUAGUUCCUUCUAAACUUUUAGGUAUGAACCUACUAGCUGUGUGAUUUUUCUGAACUCUAAGAGCUAGAUAUUUAGGGAAUUCUAUAAUUUUCUUUUGCUUUUCUGAUCUUAAUCAAUGAUUGCUAUAAACUAAUGAGAUAAUUAGUUGCUUCUAAACUUUUAGGUAUGAACCUACUAGCUGUGUGAUUUUUCUGAACUCUAAGAGCUAGAUAUUUAGGGAAUUCUAUAAUUUUCUUUUGCUUUUCUGAUCUUAAUCAAUGAUUGCUAUAAACUAAUGAGAUAUAUUGUCUCCCCUAUAAUAAUGUUAUAAAUAGUUUAAAUGAGGUCAACCAGUGGAAGUGAAACUGGGAUGUCUAUCAAUAAUGUUAUGCCAUGAAAUAUAAACCAAUGAACAUGCAGUUUCUUUAUGCUUAGGUCAUCUUGCUUGGUAUGCCUUUCAUUCCUUUUCUUUUGCAGUUCUAUCCUUUCUAUGGUUUGUGAUAUGCCUGAUCUGGCAUUCUGAUAAUAGAAGUUUUUAAUUUUAUUUAUUUAUUUAUUUAUUUUGUGAAAGUUGGGGCAUUAGUCAAAAUAUUCUACCUUUUACUUCAUGUUUCUUCUUUUUGCUGUAUAUCAUACUUGUUAUUUCUGUUUGUCUAAAAACAAAUAUCCUACAUGAUUUUGUUUGAUGGAAGAAAGCAGAUAUGGACCUGUCUAAAUUAGCAUUUAUUUUAUCUUAAAUGUCCAAAAGUAAAAUGAAUCUAUUGUGUCUGCAACAUUUUGGCUUGCAGCCAUCUCUUACUGCCUUAGCUAAAAGCUUAGGUGGCCAAAUGGACUUGAGGGCUCCCCAAGCAUGUUAAAAAUUCAUCCUAGGGUCGCUCCACUGAUUGGAACACUUAGAGGAGCUUCCGAGUCAAUCACUUCCAUUCCUCUCAUUAGACCAUCUGUAGUGCUAAUAGCUACAGCUUUAACUUGAUUUUUUCUUAAUAAUUGCUGUACCUCACAAGUUACAUUAAUUUGUUGACCAAUGGUAUCUCGACCCUUAACUACCAAAGCGUUGUAAAUAUUAGGCAUCUUGCCUGGGGGAAAGGCUACAUCCAGUACUCUGUUGCUUGACUUAGCUAAAUGUAAGUUCUAAUGACUGAGCUUAUAAUUGUCAUGCUAGUCAUUUUGGAAUUGUGGCUGGUCCUUCAUGGGAUUAACAACUAAAGAGAGAAGGCCUAUAAACUAUCGACCUUCUUCUUAAUGGCAAGGAUGCAAUUUAAACGUUAAACAUGCCUGGUUCUUUUCUCUAUGUCGAGGAGUUCUUUCCUUAGGAUGAAAGAGAAAGAACAAAAACACUAUGUUUUCUCAUUAGAUAAACAUGUGCGCUCGCCUGAAAAUUUGUUGACUAACUGUUAAAAUUAAGGUGAUGCUGCUGCAAUGGCUGCAUAUUUAUAUCUCUCUUUUGGCCAUUCAUUUGGGUAGAGUGUCGUCAUAGAAAACCCAAAGUUAGUAGGUGUCCCAGCGCACAUAGUUUCUACGUUAUUUUGCAAUUUAAAUUAGGAUUUUAUACAGGGUUUGUAAUUCUGGUAUGAUUUCUUCUUUUCUUCAAUACUGUUUCCUUUUUCCUUUUUGAUUAUUACUAGAUGUACUGAAAUUUGAUGAUUUGGGUGGUUGCUUGAUUUAUAUGUUAGAGCCAGAGAAUAUGAUAAUUUUAUGUUAGUGGUGCUUAAUUUUGUAUAUUCAGUCAUUCCUUGCAAUUUCAGAAUAUCCAAUUUGUCUUCAGUUUUUCUCCACAUAGCUGAACUUCAAUUUUGGGAAUAGAUGGUGUAAAAUGUUGGUUUUCUUUGGCGUUCCCAUGAUUGACACUGUGUUGAAUUGUUAGUCCCAAAGCAAAGCUAGCAUAUGCAAAACAAAGGUACUAGAACAGGUACAGCAUAUUAAUGUGUGAAAAUGAUGAUUAUGAAUUCCACUAAAAGGUCUCAGGUCAAAGAAAGAAGAAAAAGUUAAUUUAGAGGUUUGUUUAACUGAAUUACUUGGAAAUGCUCUAUGUGAACAACCUUACUAUUUCAAUGGAACUUCUGCUAAACACUAGGAAUUUAACUUAAAUCAUUUGAAGUUACUUCAAGUAGUUUAAAAACUAAUGGUUCUCUGACUUGGUUGAGAAGGAACUGAUGGUGUAGACCUGCUUGGGACAAUGGGUGAAUCUAGAAUUUUAAGAAGUCAAUAUGAUCAAGGCAUUUGAUGUCACAGUAAGACUUACAAGGGGCACAUUUGCUAAAUUGUAGGUGUAACUCAGUCACUGGCUAGAAAGGCUAACAAUUGCAUGUUAGAUGCACCUUUUUACAUUUACUUCUUGCACCAUAGAUUUUUGUGCUUUCGUAGUGAGCAUUUUACGACUGGUGAAAGUUUUGAGUGCAUUGAAGGAGGAUACUUCACUCCAGCUAACUGGCUGAUAUUUUAUGAACCAUAAGCCACUAAUAAUAAGUGGACGAAACAGUAAGUUCGUAGCUGAGGCCCAUUAUAAUUUUGGUUAAUUUGAUUAGAUGGGACACAUCUAAACUUUUAGUUAGUUGCAUUCAAGUGACUUUCCCUCCCUUCUAUUUUGGGAAGAUUUUCUUUUUCCUACAAUAUUAUAUAAUUUAGUAUGAAAAGUACCCUAGUCAUUUGGAUUCCAUGGAACUUGCUUCUAUUGUUAUGGAACUCAGCAGUGCCAUGGUUGCUAUUACAUUUUUUAAGGGAGGGGAAGGGUGGUAAAGGGUAUACUCGUUUCGUGCAUUUCGCAACCGUGACUUUGUAGAGUAGAACGGGUCGGGUUUUUGUUUUCUUUUUAGUAAAGAUAAUGUUUUGAUCUCAUUGUGACCAAAUGAGGUGAGUGCCCUUCAAUUCUCUGAUAGUUAUAUGCAUUCUCACUUCUUUUCAGAGUGAUCACUUUUUUGGUAUCUUAAGGGAAAGAAUGACCUGGAUUCUGGGUGAAGUCUGCUGCAUGUCUUUGUUAAUGCAUAUAGAAAGGCAGAAAAUUUUGGGAGAAGAUAAAAUUUUAGUAGCUAGUUACUGUAAGAAAGACAAAUAUAGAUCUGAUACAUCUCAAUCCUUGUGUAAUGUCAUUUCUCAAAUUGUGGACGUAUCCAACUCUUGAAAGUAUUCUUUUCUCAUUUUACUUAUGUGAUGGAGACGCAUCCAUGUAAGAUAUCAAUAAUAUUCGACAUCAUAAUAUAUGAACAUUAGGGUACUGUGUCAGUUGCAACUACCAUUGCAAAUGUUAAAUCCCUUCAUUCAUAAUGUUCUAUUUCUUCUAGUUGCUUUUAGCUGUCAUUGUCUCCUUCCUGAUAUUGUUUCCUUCUCCUGAUUUAUGGUGGACAUUCGUGAUGUUGCUGAGUAUUAGAUCCUUGAAGAGUAGAGAUUCCAUCCAUUAUUCUUUCCUUUCCUGUUUCCACUUUCUAGUAGGGUAAGAAACUUUCCUUGAAGGUAACUUGUCUAUAGAUAUCAGAUAUAGUCCUCCUGCUUAGACUGCUCUUUUGCCGCCAUUUCAGCCUGUAAAUCUUGACUUGAUUUCCUUAACAUUGAGGCAAUUCUCUGAUAUUCUCUAAAGUUAGUGUCAGAUGCAAGUCAAUUUAGAUUCGACAAAGCAAUCAGUAACCCACGCCUGUAUGCUGAAGCGUUUGCCAAACACGUGAAAUAAAAACUGCUAAGGACGAGUCUAGAGGAAAAAACAAAGAACUGAUAAAGACGAGUGUCUUCUUUGCUUAUGUGCUUAAACCCGCGUUCUAAUCACUGUAAUUUUUUAUUAAUAAUUGAUUUGAUGUAGAGGCGUUUUUCAGCUGUUAUCUCAUUUUCGCCUUUUGUUUUUAUUCGCACUUCGAUUCCAAUUUGACAAACUAAGCAGUGAAUCACUUCCUAUCAUUCGCGCGUUGUGUAUUAGCCCGUUGGGUCAGGAACCUUUUUCUUUUGUCUUUUUAAUAUUUCAGACCAUUUGCAACAAAAAUAC